UUUGCUUUCACAGCAUACAACAACAUAUAAAGGAAAUAUAAUCGGUAUCUCAAGCUUUCCUAAGAUAUGACUUUUUACUUGAAAUAUCGAAAUUUUUGCAGUUAGUCGACGAAUACCUUCGGUAUUAUUGUUUUGAAUUGUUAGAGCUUAUCAUGUGUCACGGGGAACCCCCUAAAUUCUUAGAUUAGAAAGAGAUUUCGUCAUCUUCAAUUGUCUUCUUCAGAUCUCUACGGCGGAAUGAUGCGUUUGUUCAUCAGUUUGUUGUGCGCUACAGUUCUGCAUACUUUUGUCCCAUACGAAAAGUGUGAUGCGAGCUCUUCUACAAGAAGUCAAGAAUGUUUUCCUGUACCCAAUACGACCUGCGCUUGGGAAGAUAGAGAUGGGAAUAUCUUUAAUCUAGCCCCAUUCAUAAGAGGCUUCGUCGCAAAUGGUACACCUCAUGGAAAAUACGAUCAAUACUAUUCGUACGCGUACAACCCAUGCAGAUGGAUCAGUUUAGCCGGUGAAUGUGAUCGGGAUAAAGAAACAGCAAUAUGUAGGUGGACUCCAAACAACGAUAAUCCUGACAAUUAUCAAUCAAUUGGAAAUAAAAUGCCAAAAUGUACCAAAGUGAGCAAUUUUAUUCAACUGACCUACAAAGCAGGGGGACGGUAUCUUCAGGGUCUAAAGUCCAUUGUCAAAGUGAAGUGCGAUCGGACCAAAGUAGACAUCAAGGAUGCAACCUUUAAAGUAAUCAAUGAAGAUUACUGGAAAUUUGAGCUGGAUCACUUGUGCGGUUGUGAGAAUGCUUGUGUUUCUGGGACUUCCCUUAGCCUAGCAGCGGAGGAACAUUCGCACAUUGUGGAAAUUGUGGCUCCAACCGCUGGGGUGAUUGUACUGGUGGUCCUUGCAGGGCUUUUUUUAUGGUGGAGAAAUAGGGGGAACAACCAAGAUGAUGAAGAGAGGCGACCAUUGCAACAGGACGGCCCAGGCCAGGACGUUGCCCAUAGAAUCCCCGAUGCACCCCCUGAAAACAUGGAAAGGAGGCCACCAUCCGUUGCUCUACCACGAAGCAAAAACAACAACCAUAGCUUAACUAUUUGAGUACCUAUUGUUAAGGGAAAGGGAACCUUCUAAUAGCAUGCAUUUUUUGAUAUUAUUAUUGGUAUUACCUGUCAAGUUGGUUUUGUUGGUAGCUUUUGUGUUUUAAGUAAUUUUUGUAUUCAUGACCAGCUUUGCGUCGGAAAAAAUAAAUAAUUAUGUAAAUUGGCUGGCUGCACAUUCAAUGAAGAUGACAGUAAAUCGUUAACACAAA